CUGGUGGCUGUAGAAACCACUGUUUCAUCCUCUAUGUAGUGUACUUGUAAAGGCAGUAUUAAGGGGAUUGGAAUACAGCCUGCGUGUCGACUCUACCGUCCAUGCUGUUAUAUCUUUGGACUUGAUUCAAUUUCUGCAUCAUGUUUUAUUGAAAAUAUAAUUUCUUGUAUGAUAAUUAAAAACUGGAUUUAAAAAUUAUUAUACACGAUUUUUUUAAACCGAAGCAUUCACAAUGGAGGCGUUGACGCACCUUUGUUGCCGCAAAGCAUGUGCCCUACUACCCAGAUCACUGAGCCAAGCAUGUAGAAGGAGUCACCACUGCCAUCCACAAACAUCACAGUGCUCAGUUCGUGUUUCCUCCAAACCAGUGACUCCGACACCUCUGGUAUCACGGCUCUUUCAGCCUUCAAACCUCCGUGAAGGCCAGGAUAUGGGCGACAUGACUUGCCGCAGCCAGAGGUUAAUGCUGCAGGCUGGUCUCAUUCACAGCACCAACCCAGGCUGCUUCUACUACCUUCCUUCUGCCCUGCGCUCCAUGGAGAAGCUCGUGAGGCUCAUUGAUGAGGAAAUGCAGGCUAUCGGUGGGCAGAAAGUGGACAUGCCAGCUCUGUGCGGAGCGGAGCUCUGGAAACGGAGUGGGCGUUGGGAGCUCAUGGGGAAGGAGAUGUUCAGGCUGCGUGAUCGACACAAUGCGGAGUACUGUCUCGGCCCAACCCACGAGGAGGCAGUCACAGAACUGCUGGCAUCUCAGAGCACGUUGUCUUAUAAACAGCUUCCGCUGCUGCUUUACCAGGUCACCCGAAAAUUCCGUGAUGAGCAGAAGCCGAAGUUUGGAUUGCUCCGAGGCCGAGAGUUCUACAUGAAAGACAUGUACUCGUUUGACAUCAGUGAGGAAGCUGCCCUCCAUACCUACCACUCUGUGUGCCAUGCCUACUCACGCCUGUUUGACCGUCUUGGUCUGAGGUGGGUACAGGUGCAGGCUGCUACUGGCAAUAUCGGAGGAACACUCUCGCACGAGUUUCAUCUGCCAGCUGAUAUAGGGGAAGACCAUCUGCUGAUGUGUGGGAAUUGCGGCUUCUCUGCUAACGUUGAAACCGUGGAACCGGGUCAAACUGACUGCCCUCAGUGCCAUGCGACUCAUCUGACUGAAUCAAAAGGCAUUGAACUGGGACAUACCUUCUAUCUUGGAACGAAAUAUUCCAAGGUGUUUCAUGCUACAUUUGUUAACGCUCAGAACAAGCCUUCAGUGACGGAGAUGGGCUGUUUUGGCCUCGGUGUGAAUCGCAUCCUUGCUGCAUCCAUUGAGGUGCUCUCCUCUGAGGAGUCCAUUCGCUGGCCUGGGCUACUCGCGCCUUAUCAAGUGUGCAUCCUGCCCCCCAAAAAGGGCAGCAAAGCCGCUGAAGCCAUCCACUUGGCAGAAGAACUCGCCCAAAGCUUAGGAAACAAUUUACCAAAUUUAAAAGGAGAGGUGGUUCUGGAUGACAGAACGCAGUUGACCAUUGGGAAGCGGUUAAAAGAUGCUAACAUUCUGGGUUACCCGUAUGUGGUGGUGGUUGGGAAUAAGGCCAUGGAGGAGCAGCCUGUGUUUGAGUUGGUGUGUCAGCAUAGUGGGGAGACCAGGUUCCUCAGUAAAGAUGCUUUGAUGCACUUUUUGACUGGCGUCGAGACAAUCUAAUACAUGGAUCCUGAACUUGAAUCAUGUACAGUUUAAAGUUUCCAUGCUUCAAGCAUGAAGUGGAUCAGGUGUAUUGGGAUAAUCUAAAGCUCUGCAGGGAAAUGGGCAUGAGCCAGGAAUAGAGAUGAAUGUUUAAUCUAAUAUACUGUGUCUGAGCUACACUGUCAGAAAUAGGAGUACAGUAGGAGUCCAUUUCUGCCCCCCAAGAUACUGUAAAUCUGCACUAAUGUACCCCCUAGGACUUAUUUUUGGACUUCAGGGUAACCACGUGUACCUUUCUCGGGUCAAAAAGGUUCCCAAGCAGUAUAUAAAAGGUACAAAUAAGUACCUUCAAGGGUACUGCCUCAGUGACGAGCCAUUGUACCCCUAAAGGUACAAUAAUGUACUUUGUUUUCUGAGAGUGUACUUUGGAGUGUGUGACAUGUAUAUGAUCUGUAAUAUGAGGGAAUGUUUAAUACAGAGAGGGUUUUUUUUGUUUUGUUUUGGCAGUAUGUAUCAAAAAUGGUGCUUCUAGCUUGUACUGAUAAUGACCUCGUUUUAAUCCAGGUCCUGUGCUCUUUCCUCUUCAGCUCAGCCCACAGGUUUUCACUGGGGUUCAGGUCAGGGGACUGAGAUGGCCAGGGCAGAAGCUUGAAUCUGUGGUCAGAUAACCAUUUUUGUGUUGAUUUGGACAUCUGCUUCAGGUCAUUGUCCUGCUGUAAGAUCCAAUGACGACCCAGUUUUAGUUUCCUGAUGCCGUGUAUCCUAACGAGGUUUCCAGGGCAUUUGGAAGAGCGACAGCCCCACAGCAUCACAGAACCUCCACCGUAUUUUACAGUUGGGAUCGGGCUCUUUUCAUUGUAGCCAUCCUUCUUUUUACACCAGACCCACCUUGAGUGUUUAUUGCUAAAAAGCUCCAUUUUUGUCACAUCAGACCAUAAAACAUGGUUGGAGUAGCGUUUAGCAAACUUUAAGUGCUUAUGUUUGUGGUUAACUGACAGAAAAGGCUUUUUUUUUGUUGUUGCAAAUAACCUGUUGGCAUGGAGGUGGAGUCUGAUGGUGGUUUUGGAGACUUGGAAACCCCAAGAUUUUACUUUUUCUUGUAAUUCACCAACAGUGAUUCUUGGGAUUUUCCUCUUCCUCAGUGUACAUGGGGCAAAAUAAACUUGGAUCCUCUUCCAGGCAAGUUUUUAACAGUUCCAGUUGGUGUCCACUUUUUUUAUUAUUGCCCUAAUGGUAGAAAUGGAUAUUCUCAUGUGAGUAGCUAUUUUUUAAAACCAUUCCCUGACUUAUGAAGGAAAACACACUUCUCCCUCAUAUGGUUUGGAUGUUCUCUUAUCUUUCCCAUGUUGAUGGAUGACUAACGGAAUUUGGCCUCUGUGUCACCUCAUAUUUGUUCCCCAGUUAAUCAGGAAGUCAUGGAUUACAGCUUGAAAAUUCCUACACACUCCAAUCAACUCAAAAAAUGUACAAUUUAAAUAGGAAACAUGCUUCAGUUACAUUGUGUUUGCUAUCUUUUCCAGGGGUGCCAAUAAUAGUGACACGUGUUUUUGUUGAAAAUAAGGAUGAGGGAAUUGUUUUUCUCUGAAUAAAUGUAUUUCAAUUAAA